AAUCGAGGAAAAUGAUAUCAAUUUUUAGCUUUCUUUAGCUACUGACUAACUAGCUCCUAUUUAACAAUGGUGUCGUGCAAACUUAUUGCUGUUUUCGUUUCAUUGAUAGCAGCGGUUUUAGCGUCACCAGUGCCAGGAGGUUGGGGCUCCCAUCACAAACAUGUCAUUAUCAAAGUUCCGUACCAUGUUCAUACCGUCCACCAUCACCAUGUUGAGAAGGUGCACGUUCCGGUUCACGUUCCUGUUCAUGUUCCUGUUGUGAAGAAGAUCGUCGUCCACGAACCCAUCCACCAUCACGAGCCCAUCAUCGAACACGGAGGAUGGUGGUAGAUGCACCAGCAUCAUUUAGGCAAUUUAUCCAGAUAUGUAUGUUCAUGUAAAUAAUAGUUAUAAUUUUUGGGAUACUAAAAGACAAAAAAAAACUAAAGAAGUACCUAUAAGAUAUUGUAAUAGAAGUACAAAUUAUCGGUAGUGAGAUCAGAAUUUUAGAUCAUCAUCAGCCCAUAUGCGUCCACUGCAGGACAUAGGUUUUCCUCAGCUCUUUCCAGAGCUAACAUUUUAGACAAUUCCUUCCAAUUUAGGCUAAAAUUAUUUUUAAUAUAAAAGUUGUUGUUGCAAAAGAUUGUUCACUUACUACUUUCUUAAAUUUAGGAAUUUGAUGUUGUGUGGAUAAGGCCAAGAAUUUUGUCACUCAAGUAUCUUUGCUCAACACUCGUUAAUAUUAAUUGGUAAAUUGUUUACAGAUUUUUAGAUCCUAUCCUAGCACCAAUGGUUUCAAUUAUUUACUGCUUCUCCUUAACUAAACCUUCUCGAGUACCGAAGACUUUUGCUUUUGGCUUUCUAGUUCUAUUUUUUGUUGCAGAUACAUAUUUUCUGAUUAAUUUAGGCUGUUGUCUUCAAAAUGAUCUUUUUUGCUUAUCGCUAUAAAUUCAUUUAUCUAUUCCUUGAGUAAUAUAGGUAGUUUUAAUGGUCUUCUCUUGAACUUCGAUAAAAAACUUCAUCUAAAAACAGCCAAUUAAGAACUAAGAAGCAGCUAUUGACUUAUUUCUUCUUUAUAGUCCUUAGUUACUUAUUACGAAGUAAACUUGAGAUAUCUUUAUUAAAAAUGUCAUACUCACCAUUUUUAUUUAUAUAAUUUUUGAAGUAAUUUAAAAUUAAAAAUGAAUAACCAUUUAAUUUAAAAUUGUUUACAUGUUUGAAAAUUGCAAUAAAGCUACGGUAGCUUUAGCUGAUCGGAACUGUUAUAGAUAAUGAAACUGUUCAAUCUCUAAAGGUAAAAACAAAAGAGAAUUUGACAAUAAAAUCUACGGAAAAAUUUGAUAAGGAAAGAAUACAAUAUUUCUCUAAUUUUUAUUGAUCUUACAAUUUAAAAAUUACAGAAUAAUUCAUUUAGAUACUGAAAAGGGCCCUGCAAUUAAUACUGCCUCGAUUGGAAUCAUCAUCAUUGUUGGACAUAGAUAUCCCUCGUAAUUUUCCAUCUAUUUCGAUCUUGUGCCUUUUACAUCCAAUUCCUAUGGCAACGUUUUAGAUCGUCAGACCAACGUGUUGGUGGACGACCAUUGAAAUGAUAAGACUUAAUUAUACUUAUCCUUCAUUCUUCAAAGUUAAGCAGAAAGAAAAUAUUUCAAAUUAAUAAUGCCAUAACGGAAAUAUCAUGAUUGUUUACUAUAUUAUACGAGUAUUAUAACCUUUUAACAUGUGCCGAUGAAAAAGGUGUGUCAGGAGUAUCAUAGUGAUGCUGAGAGUUAAUUAUUAUAUCUAUAAUAAUCCCAUUACGUAAUUAUUUUCUUUGGUUAACUAUCAUUACGGCUAUCUUCACCUGUGGUAAUGCUACUCUAUGUAAAUACCCCAACAGUGUUACAGUUAAACCAUUGUCUCAAAUUAUCUAGUCAGGCUACAUGUAGUGUUCAUAAUAUGCUUCUUCUGAACAAUAUGCUUCCCUGUUUAAUGAUUUGCAAAAACAUGAUAUUUAUAUAUUUCUCCUCUAGUGACAUGGCCCAGAUACUGAAUUUUCUUAUAUUCAUUGUAAUCAAAAUCUCCUUCUUUUUUUAUUUAUUUUUUGUUUCAAAACAUCGUUGUUUCUUUAGCUUGUCCUGUCAGCUUAUUUUAAAGAUCUCCUGUACUGAAAUACCUUAAACGUUUCUAUUCUAUUACUGAUGUAGUUUUUUGAGUGUAUUUGUCUACUACAUACAAUAAUACCGAAAACAGAUAACACCUGAGUAUUCGUACGUUGAGUUAUAGUCUCAGAUCAUUUACAGUUAAAGUUCAGUUACAGCUUCAGUUGCAGAAGCAACUUGAUUGGUUAAUCAGAUAUUUUUCUCUAUCAAACUCCUUGUUUUAAUCAUCCUUCUUUCUUCUUAAUUGCCUUUCUUUCUUCCUAUUGUGUUUCUGAAGCCAAACUGAGUGGUACCAAUAUCUUGAUCAAGUUUCUAAAAAUUUUUUGGUGUAUUCUUUUCAAGAAUAUCUUUAGAGUGUGGCUUAUUAAGCUAGUAUGAUGGUCACUGAAACACUUAAGGGAGUAUUAGAUCCGACGAUGGAUGGAAUAGCUGCUGCUUAUAAUAAAUACAAACAAAAACCAGAAAGUACAAAAUGAUAGGAAACUGUGUCAAUGUUUCUUGGAACCUAGAAAGAGUUUUAUCUACCGAUACUUACAGAUACAGAUUGUUGAAGAGAUAAUAGUAAUAUGCGCUACAAUACCAUGAGGGUCGACAUUGCUAGAAUAAUGUCUGGUGCAACAUUCGAAUAUCCAGGCCAUCCAGCUUUCAGAGAAAAAGAAGAAUCACAGAAUGAAGGCUUAAUAAAUUGCUGGUGUGUGGAGAUAAAAUUCUUUGAGUAGUAUUCCUUGUAGAGAAUUAGAUACGCAGUAACGACAAUCGCCUUAUAAACAAUGUUUUUUUUUUGAAAGACCAGAUGAGAGAAGGUCUGUCGGAUGGUCUAGAAAAAGUUGGGAGGAUUAAGUUAUAAAGGAUCUGCAAAAAAUGGGAAUGACACAAUGGGAAAUAGAGUAGUGUAACGUCAUUGAUGAUGAUGAUAGAAUGAAGGCUCAAUAAUAGAUAAUCACGCGAGAUAGUGACAUUAAAAAAGUUUCUGGAAAAUACUGAACAUCUGUAAAAAUAUAAACAGUUAUUGUAUGAAAACUAGACUUUACAGAAGAAUCGUUUAUAAAAAACUAGUUUUAAGACUCAAAUUACUCAAUAACUAUCAAACCAAACUGUUAGUUGAUAAUUUUGAUUAGAUUGUAGACACACAAUGUUUUUAAAGGGUUUAAAGUUAAAACAAAUAAAUAAUUUAAUUACAAUGCUUUUAAUAUAUUAAGAAAUGUUUCUAAAGGGCUAAAUAUGGCAUUUUUAAAAACUGAUAAUAAUAAACAAUCAUCUAGAGUCUAGAGUUAACAAUUUGAUUGCUGUGUCUUCUUCGUAAAAUCUUUUAGCUGUGAUUCUUACUCAUCCUGGUCCUUCUCGAUAUUAAUGGGAUUAGAACCAAAAACUUUGAAAACUUUUUCACAUGAUAACCGUUCUAACGUGUUCUUUUUUUGUUGUCAAGUCUGAAAUAAUGAAUUUAUUGCAAAAAUAUUUUUAAUUGUCUUUUUUAUUAUUUUUUAAUCUAUUUUCUACUUGGUGUCCAAUCCACUUUUUCUUUUUUUUUUGUCUAUAAUUAUUAUGUUGCUAAUAGAUACCAAAAAGAUAUUUGACAAAAAGUUCCAGCUUUAUAAAAUCUUUGUGCAUAUUUGUUUAAUUGUACAAGUUAAAAAACUAAGUAUUGUGAUUCUAUACCGAUAGUUUUACUGAAAUUAAUUGACCAAUGCUCAAAUCUUUAGACUGUGAAUUGUUUGCAACAAAUUCAGUUUAAAUUUCAAAUGUUCAGGAUGUCCGUGUAUGUUUGUAAUGUUGGUAAUGACUGAGCUUUAUAUAGAUUGUUAAAUAGUGCAAUUAUGUAUACAUCAAAUACUUUAUAUACAGUAUGUUAAUAUUUGUUGAAUAAACAAUUAUAAAAAUA